ACCCUCCAGUUUCCUUCCUGCUCCACCCUCUCCAGGAGGGAACCUGCCUUUUGAAUCCCCAGCCUCGGUUUGCACUCCGUUGCUUGGCUGAUCUGCAAAAGAGUUUUGCUCUGGAUUUAUUUCUGCUGCGCCUCUGGAAGGGAGGUCCAUCAUCUGUGAGUGCAGCUUGUUUGAAGGACAGAAGUAAGGUCACAGGCCAUUUAUCCAAAAGUCUGAAGUUAUAAGAAGGCAAGGAAGAGUGAUAUGAGGCUUGACUUGCAAUAAGGCUGUCCCGUAGCUCGGGAAAGAAAAUGACCGACCAGCAAAGGAUUCUGGGAGGCCAGGCUGCUCUGGAUGAAGACCAAAUGGAUGAGGAGGACCUCACAGGCCCUGAGCAAGUUGAGGGAUCUGGAAGACGUGGGAAAGCACCUCACGGCAUCCUUCGUCCCGGGAGCGUCAGGAGACUUAUGAAGAGGAUAACGAUCCCCCGGGUUAAAGAGGAGGCUGAGGAGGGCCUGCUCCAGAGCCAGGGCUCCGGGUGGCUGGAGUCCCCCGGGGGGAAGCAGGCCCCUUGCUCGCAGCCGACAGAGCCCGCCAUGCCCUGGGGAGACAUCAAGGCCUUCCUGGCCCACUUUGAGGGGGCCGGCGAGGCCAACCAGUGGGCCACCCGGCUGGGAGAAGCAGCCGGGGAGGGCUUGGGUGGCCCCAACGCCCGAGAGAGUUACGGGACGAUGAAGGCGGCCAUCUUGCGCGGGGAGGCCAGCUGCAGGGAGUGGCAGCGCCAGCGCUUCCGUCUCUUCUGCUACGAGGAGGCUGAGGGCCCCCGGGAGGUUUGCGGGCAGCUGCGGGAUUUCUGCCACCAGUGGCUGAAGCCGGAGAGGCGCAGCAAGGAGCAGAUCCUGGAGCUGGUGAUCCUGGAGCAGUUCCUGGCCGUCCUGCCCUCGGAGAUGCAGGGCUGGGUGAAGGGAAGCGGCCCGGAGACCUGCGGGCAGGCGGUGGCCCUGGCGGAGGAGUUCCUGCUGAGGCAGCGAGAGGGCGAGCCCCAGGAAGAGGAGGUCUUGCGGAUAUUUGAGGAAGGAGCUGGGGAUUGCCUCGAGGAUGAGCAGAUCCUGCUGGAUUCCAACCAGACACAGCUGGACAGUGAACAUGAGCAAGAGAACAACCCAGAUGAGAGCGUCUGUGGUGACCUUGAGGGAUCCAGCGAAAACGAGGCUUCCGUGGGAAAUCCAAAGCAAACAGAGAUUGAUAGAGCCUUGCUCAGAAGAGAAAAAUGUGUUUCCCGGCACCAUCCAAAACCAGGACAAACUUCCAAGAAAUGGCUCAGGACAAGGAGGAAGCAGGACACGGAGGAACCAGACAAAAGAUCAGAUGCGUCUUUCCUUGGAGUAGACGGUGUCAAGGACACCCCAGCGAGGCCUGCGUUCGAGAAGGUGGAGCCCUGUGAGGAAGAGGGGGGUGAUUUUGGUGACGAUGCGGACUUCUUAAUCGAUGCUGAGGGCAAGCCCCACAAACGCUCAGAGUUUGAGACGUCCAGUCAGAGAGCUGAGUUUAUGAAGCAUAGCGCGGGAGCCCAAGUGGCAAGUGAGAAGAUAUGCUGCUGUUUGAGCUGCGGGAAAAGCUUGCGCCCCAGUUUAAGCCCAGCUGAGCAUGAGCAAAGCGACGCACGGGAAGAAGAGGCUUGCAGAUGCUCAGACUGCGGGGAAAACCUCGACAGGGGCUUGGCACUUGUUAAGCGCGCAAUAAUCCACGCAGGAGAGAAGCGUUAUGCGUGCUUAACCUGCGGGGAAAAGUUUAGCCUCUAUUCAAGCCUCAUGAAACACAAGCGCAUCCACGCUGGAGAAGAGAUGUAUGCGCCCUUUGAGGCCGGGAAGCGAAUCUGCCGGAGCGACAGCCCUCCUUCCGUGACAGAGAAAACUCUGGUGGCAGAGAAACCUUACACUUGCCCGACUUGUGGGAAGAGCUUCAGUAAGAGUUCCGGCCUCCGUUUCCACAAGAGAAUCCACACCGGCGAGCGGCCUUACGCCUGUGGGGAUUGCGGGAAGAGCUUCAGCCAGCGGUCCAACCUUAUCCUGCACCAGAGGACCCACACCGGGGUGAAGCCUUUCCGGUGUUCCAAGUGCGGGAAGAGCUUCCUCCGCAGCUCGGACCUGGUGAGGCACGAAAUCACCCACACGGGAGAGAAGCCGUACACGUGUGCUGAGUGUGGCAGGUCCUUCGGCCACAACUCAACGCUCAUUGCCCACGAGAGGACCCACACGGGCGAGAAGCCGUACAAGUGCUCCAUCUGCGGGAGAAGCUUCCGGCACCAUUCGGGCCUUAUCAAACAUGAGAGGACCCACACUGGGGAGAGGCCAUAUGCCUGCCCGGCUUGCGGGAAAGGCUUCAGCCAGAGUUCAGGCCUCACGCUCCACAUGAGGACCCACACGGGAGAGAAGCCUUACCAGUGUUUGGCUUGUGGGAAGAGCUACAGCCAGAGGUCAAAGCUUACCAAGCACGAGAGAACUCACCUGACGGAAUCUGGCGUUUGGAAACUGGAAGUAAGACAACGGUUGACUUCAGAGAUGUCUCUUGUGGAAAGAAAGAGGGCGUCAAAAUGGGAGUCGGCAGGAAGCCAGGACCAAGAUGUGCCUGAGAAGUCAGGAGCGAAGGUGGAGGAACUGGAUCCAAAAGGCUGUGGGCCAGGGGACAGAGUGGAGGAAAAGCAAGAGGGGAAGGAAAAAACACGGAUUAUCCAGUGUGGAGCCACUGAGGACUUGCUGAGAUGGCCGCCGCUCCCUCAGGUGAAGCAAGAACCGGGUGACAAAGUGACUGAGCAUUGGGAAGCCCAGUGGCAAGAAUUCUUGAAGGCCACACCAUCCCUUCGCUCGACACUUGAAGACCCGCCGGUGUGUCCGCCAUGGAGCGACUCAAUGGCCUUUCUUGCCUCCUUUGAGGGAGCAGCUACCGUUCGCCGCUGGGCUCGAGGGGAGUGGGUGACCCGUCUCGCACCUUCCUCCGGCAGAGAAGCGGACCGAGCUUCCAGCCCCCUGAACGUCACCGAGGUGGGGUCCUCCAGGAAGGGUAGGGAAGACUUUGUGGGGACAGAGAUGCAGGACCCACAGCUGUGUCCGCAGAAGGCCGAGGGCCUCCGGGACGUUUGCUGCCGACUCCGGGAGCUUUGCCAACAGUGGCUGACGCCCAAGACACCCAUGGAGGAGCAGGUGCUGGAGCUGGUCAUCUUGGAGCAGUUCCUCUCCAUCUUGCCCCCGGACAUGCAGAGCUGGGUGAGGGAGCGCUGCCCGGCAGCAUGUGCCCAGGCAGUGGCCCUGGCUGAGGCCUUCCUGCUGAGGUGUCGAGAGGCCGAGAAGCAGCAGCGUGAGGUCCCGGGGCCUCUUGAGGCGACGGCUCUGAACUUCUCAACGGCUGAGUGGACACUUUCCAACAUCUGGCAGAAACACUUCAGCAGAGGGAGCAAGCUGGAGGGGGACAGAGGUGCCGGAUUGCUGGGUGGGUGGCGAAGUGAGGAUGAGAAAAACCUCUUACUCAGAAGAAGCGAGCAGAUGACGACACUGAGGCAGGCCAAGGAGAACGUGGUCCAAUGUCCUAACCAGGGGGAUGCCCUUAAGAAUCUGGACAGGCCAGAGAGGAAGCAGGAACCUCUCAGAGGGAUCAAGUCCAAUAGACUCUCCCGCUGCAGUGGAGAAAAGGACAAGGGCGACCUCAGCGUGGCUGGGACUCUGCAAGGACUUUCUAAGGAUGAAAGGGAGGACCUCCCGAGGGUGUGCCCCGACCGCCCAGCACACGAGGGAGCGAACGCAGACAUGAAAAUAUACAACUGCGUGGAUUGUGGGAAAAGCUUUUCCCGCAGCUCAAACCUCAUGAGCCACCAGAGGACCCACGCGGGCGACAAGCCGUACAAAUGUUCGGACUGCGGGAAGGGCUUCACCCGCAGCUCGAACCUGAUCAACCACCAGAGGACCCACACAGGAGAGAGGCCCUACACAUGCCUGGACUGCGGGGAGAGCUUUUCCCGAAGCUCGCAGCUCAUCAGCCACCGUCGGAUCCACACGGGGGAGAAGCCGUACCAGUGCGCCGAGUGCUGGAAGUCGUUCAGCUUGCGCUCGCUCCUUAUCCGCCACCAGAAGAUCCACACGGGCGAGAAGCCGUACCAGUGCGCCGAGUGCGGGAAGAGGUUCAUCGAGAGCUCCGAGCUCAUCACGCAUGAGAGGACCCACACGGGCGAGAAGCCCUACAAGUGCGCCGACUGCGGCAUCAGUUUCUGCCAAAGCUCGAACCUCUUGGCGCACACCCGGACCCACACGGGGGAAAAGCCCUACCGGUGCGCCAGCUGUGGGAAGAGCUUCAGCCGCAGCUCGAACCUCAUUGUGCACGAGAGGACGCACACGGGCGAGAAGCCCUACGAGUGCUCCUACUGCGGGAAAGGCUUCAGCCAGAACUCCCGCCUUCUCAGCCACAAGAGAACCCAUGCCAGGGAAGCCGUGUGAAAAGCCAUUGGGAAAGCGCUCUGCUCUCGAGAGAAAAAGCAACGGCAGGCACGCUUCGGACAAAUGGGGACGUCAAAAACUCUGGCUCUGUUAGGCACAAGAAUGUCUGUGCAGAAGGGAAGCAGGGGAACCUGUGCCCUUCUGGGAGCUGCUGAACUAGAACUCACAUUGUCCCUUCUCACUGGGGCGGAUGGGAGUUGUAGCUCAGCAACAUUUAGAGCAGUUCCCCAAACUUGGGUUUCCUGCUGUUUUUGGACUACAACUCCCAUCACCCCUAGCUAGCAGGGCCAGUGGUCAGGGACAAUGGGAACUGUUGUCCAAAAACAGCUAGAAACCCUGGUUGAGAGGGCCACUAUUCCUGAUGCAGAAGGACAUGGUAAAGAAUCAAAAUACGGUAGUUUCCGGUGGCUGCAGGGAGAGAUUGGGUGGGGGUCUUGAUGCUGCAGAAGCUGAGCUCCCUUGUGGUACAGACAGGCCUUCCUCUGCCUCGUCCCAAGGAUCCUGGCUCCUCAUCCUCAGAUUGAGCCUGAUCUGAGACUUACUCUGAAGCAGAGGUUUCCAGUCGCCCUCUGAUGAGCACUCCUUGGACGAAACUCAAAUACAGUACCGUUUUGGAGUUCCUGAUUCCACCGGGUCGGCAUUGUGAUGGUUAUUUUAUUUGCCCCAGUGGAGUUACUUGAAAUCUGCUUAUGGCUUUGCUUAAUCUUCUUCGUUGCUGCUUUUGUCCUGCACGUGUUUGAAUUGUUGCAGAGUUUGAGAUACUUGAAAAAAAUUAAUAAAAUGCCAAUGGGAAAAAAAUAGAAUAAGAAAUGUUUAUAGUACAGUACUUCUCUCUCUCCUAGUCAAUAAUGUAUUGAUGUUGGAUUAGAUUCAGUGGAAUUUGCGCAGAUGGAAAAGUGAUCAAGGAGAGAGGAACUCUUAACAUAACAUUGAGAUAUUGCCCAUGAAAUAUUUUUGUUCUCCAGACGCUUCAGGUUACAGACACUUUAGAAAGAUUUUUCCUCCAAAAGCAUUUCAUUUUAAAAAUCCAAUUUAAAUAGAAAAAAAAUCCGAUUAUUGGAAGGAAGAUUGGAAGGAAUUUAUUGUAUAUAUACAGAAGCAAUAUACACAGCUUAAUACAUUAGCAGGAUUUUUAAAAGACUUGUAAAGGCAUUAUGAUUGGACCAUAAGUAAUUUUAAUGAUUUCAUAAUUUAAAAUGGACAUGUGGUAGGAUGAUAAACAAUGGAACCAGGGAAGGGAAUAGGGGGAAGUUUGAAUAUGUAUUGUUGCUUUUAUUUUUUGUUGGUUUUGGAAAAUAAAUAAAUAAAAUAAUAUUUUUUAAAAAGCAAAAAAAAGUGGCUUUACCUCUUUUCUGCACCCUGACAUGCUUUGAUCUCAGUGGACCUCGGCAGGACAAUUAUCCACAGGCCGGGCAGAAUUAAACGCUCUCCUCUUCUUUAGUGAUGCUAUAAUCUG